UUUAAUCUGCGUUUUAUUUUAAAUAACAAAGGUAAACAAACUGCAGUUAGAGCUACACAACACAUUAGUGUACACCGUACCGGUUAUAAUCCCCUUUGAGGCCCGAUCACGACAUGCUGUUUAAUCAUUUUCAAUCUGUUCUGGGUGAACAUUUAAAUCGUCCACGUCUCCAACUGUUCCGAACACAAAGGCGUGCCAUCCCUGCAGGCCCCGUACUGAAACAACCUCACGUCUUUAACACAAGCCCCAGCACCUUCUGGGUGCUACAACGCAUGAGUACUUUGUAGGACAGCUCUGCAACAGCGCCGACAGAAGUCUAGAAUUUGCGAGAGAGCCUCGGAGGGGAGGAAAGAGCGCGUUGUGGGUGUUGCUGUCAUAUCGUCACGUCCGGGGCAAUGAUAUGAGCUGUAGAGUAUAUGCAGCUUCUAGAAGCAAAUUCAUAACAUUCAGAAAAUAGAAGAAGCUCCUAUAUUUUCUCCUGUUUCGUCAACUCCCUUACAGCAAUUGUUGACCACGGCCUCAACUCGCUGUUGUGCCAGGAGGUGUUUGCAGUGAGAAUAGUGUGGGACUAACGUAGAAGACAAGACAGACAAAAUAUUCCCCAUGGUGGUGUAACACUGAACAGACACAUUUUCAGGAAACAGAUGUACAGUUUUCAGGUGCCUCGUUGACUGGUGGCUGAAUGAAAGAGGCAACUGACUUCAUUCUCAUACUGUCCAGUCAGUCAGUCUGACAACAUCAGAAAGACAACUGACCAGCCAGUUGUCUUUUGACAUGGCAUUUACAUCUUGUAAGUGAUGGCUUAACUACUGGUCUGCUUAGUUCCCGAAUGUCUCAACCAGUAAAUGUGACAGCGUGGGGUGCAGCUGGACACGAGAGUGUUAGAGCAGCACAGUCCCGCUGGUUGUUGAACGUAAACGCGGGAACUGGCCUGGAGGAGGCAGAGCGCCAUGCUGUGCUGGGGAAAUGCUUCUUUUGGCCAGCUGGGUUUGGGCGGGAUUGACGAAGAGAUUGUGGUGGAGCCGCGGAACUGUGAGUUCUUCAAUGGUAAGAAGGUCUGUGAUGUGGGGUGCGGACGCAGGCACACCGUGUUUGUGCUGGACGAUGGGGCCGUGUAUACCUGUGGCUGCAAUGACCUUGGACAGCUAGGACACGAAAAGUCCAGGAAGAAACCAGAGCAGGUUGGGGCCCUGGAUGCUCAGAACAUUGUGGCAGUUUCCUGCGGAGAGGCCCACACGCUUGCCUUGAACGACAAGGGCCAGGUAUUUGCUUGGGGCCUGGCUUCAGAUGGACAGCUGGGCCUGCCAGGAGCAGAAGAGUGCAUUCGGGUCCCCAGAAAUAUCAAGUGUUUAUCAGAAGUACAGAUAGUCCAGGUGACCUGUGGAUUCUGGCACUCCCUUGCACUGUCAAAAGGUAGCCAGAUCUUCUCCUGGGGACAGAAUAAAUAUGGCCAGCUGGGUCUGGGCAACGAUGCCAAAAGCCACUCAUCUCCUCAGCUUAUAUGCUCAUUACUGGGGCUCCCCUUUGCUCAGAUAUCUGCAGGGGGGGCCCACAGUUUUGCACUCACUCUCUCAGGAGCAGUGUUUGGAUGGGGACGCAACAAGUUUGGCCAAUUAGGACUAAAUGAUGAAAAUGACAAAUAUGUUCCUGUACUUCUUAAAUCUCUCCGAACACAAAAGAUUGUGUACAUCUGCUGUGGAGAGGAUCACACAGCUGCCCUCACAAAGGAGGGGGGUGUCUUUACAUUUGGAGCAGGAGGGUAUGGUCAGCUGGGUCACAAUACCACCAAUCAUGAAAUAAAUCCCAGAAAAGUCUUUGAGUUAAUGGGGAAUGUAGUGACACAGAUUGCAUGUGGCAGGCAACACACUUUAGCUUUCGUCCCUUCUUCAGGAAAGAUUGACUCUUUUGGUCUUGGAGGAAAUGGCCAACUGGGAACCCGCUCAACAUCUAACAGGAAAAGCCCCGCACCUGUGAAGGGCAGCUGGAUCCCUUAUAAUGGACCAUGUCCUCCAGAUACAAAUGUUGAAGAAUGCUGUUGCAUGAAGAGAGUGUAUGCUGGUGGAGACCAGAGUUUUGCACAUUAUUAUACUCCUCAGAAUGCCAUGCCUGCAGAUGAUGUCCGAGUCCCAGACCCUCGCAGGCAAAUCUUUACCUUAAAUGCUGACCUCAUUCAGAGGUGGCUUAACCACGCACAAGGAAGACUUCCUCCUGAGAUAGUCAAUGAGAUUGAUUUAGUGUUUUCCUCUGCAGGCUGUCUUAAUGGAAGCUUCUUAUCUGUAAGCAAUCCAGAUCACUACAAAACCAGCAGUAAAUUCUCAGGGGUGGAUAUGAACACAGCACGUCUUUUAUUUCACCGACUGAUCCAGACUGAUAACCCACAAAUCAAGCAGCAGGUUGCUGCCAGCUUGGAAAAGAACCUGAUUCCUAAACUUACCAACUCUCCUCCAGAUGUUGAAGCUCUGCGACUGUACCUCACGUUGCCCGAGUGCCCAAUUUUUAGUGACCCAAACAACUUCAUCACUCUCUCUAUUCCGUUUGGCAGAGCUGUUGUCACUCUGAAGGAAGCGCCACUGAAAGUACUUGAAAACUGGUGGUCGAAGUUUGAGCCUCCAGUCUUCCAAAGGUUAGUUGAGCUCUACAAGGAUGUAGUGGUGAGCCUACUGAAGAUGCAGAAGAUUGGAAUCCCACUCCCUGAACGGGGAAUAUUCAAUUCCUUCCUGCAUAUUGCUCUGAAAUUUCUGGAGACUCUCCACAGAGUUAAUGAGAAAGCUGCUCAAAUUAUACAGUAUGACAAGUUCUAUAUCCAUGAGUUAGAGUCCCUCAUCGAUAUUAAGAAUGACUACAUCACCUGGAUCCAACAACAGAUGUAUGGGAUGGACCUCAACCGUGGAUUAGAGAUGCCAGACAUUCCAGUCACCAUUUGUACAUACCCUUUUGUAUUUGAUGCCCCAGCGAAGACAACAUUGCUGCAGACAGAUGCAGUGUUACAGAUGCAGAUGGCAGUAGAUCAAGCCCAGAGGCAGAACUUCUCCUCAUUGUUCCUGCCGGUGGUAGAAUCUGUGAACCCCUGUCUGAUACUCAUCGUUAGAAGGGAGAACAUUGUUGGAGACACCAUGGAAGUGCUGAGGAAAUCUAAGAAUGUGGACUACAAAAAGCCUUUAAAGGUGAUUUUUGUUGGAGAAGAGGCAGUAGAUGCAGGAGGUGUUCGUAAGGAGUUCUUUUUGCUGAUAAUGAGAGAGUUGCUGGACCCCAAGUAUGGAAUGUUUAGAUAUUACGAAGAGUCCAGGCUUAUCUGGUUUUCAGACAAGACCUUUGAAGAAAUCGAUUUGUUCUAUCUAAUUGGAGCAAUCUGUGGUCUGGCAAUCUAUAACCUAACGAUCAUUGAGCUGCAGUUCCCCCUGGCCCUUUAUAAAAAGCUGCUUAAAAAGACCGCAACACUAGAUGACCUGAAGGAGCUGAUGCCUGAUGUUGGGAGGAAUUUGCAGGAAUUACUGGAUUACACAGAAGAUGAUCUGGAUGAAGUCUUUUGUUUAAAUUUUACGAUCACAAUGGACAACUAUGGUGUAACAGAAGUCAAGGAACUUGUUCCAAAUGGUGCAGAAAUCUGUGUUAAUAAAUCAAACAGGCAGGAGUUUGUGAAUGCCUAUGUUGACUACAUCUUUAAUAAGUCUGUGGCUCCAUUAUUCGAUGCCUUCUAUGUGGGAUUCCAUAAAGUAUGCGGUGGUAAAGUUCUGCAGCUAUUCCAGCCAAAUGAGCUUCAGGCAAUGGUCAUUGGAAACACUAAUUAUGACUGGAAGGAACUGGAGAAGGCCACAGAAUAUAAAGGAGAGUAUUGGGCUGAGCACCCCACAAUAAAGCUCUUCUGGGAAAUAUUCCAUGAGCUGCCACUAGAGAAGAAGAAGCAGUUUCUAUUGUUUCUGACUGGAAGUGACCGCAUUCCCAUAAUGGGGAUGAAGAGCCUCAAACUUGUGAUCCAGCCCACAGGAGGAGGAGACCAUUACCUUCCAGUGGCUCACACUUGCUUCAACCUGCUUGACCUGCCCAAGUACACUGAUCGAGAGACACUACAGAGCAAGCUCAUUCAAGCCAUCGACCACUAUGAGGGCUUCAACUUAGUGUAAGAUUGGAGAACAUCUCAUGCAGAAACAAAACAAUAUUUCAGUUUGGGACACACAUUUUUCCCUGGAGUUUUUAGACGAAAAAACGAAAAGGCCUAGAUGGCACUUAAAAAAAACUGUUUCAAUAGAUUGUGAGAAGAAAAACUGUUAAAAAGAUCAGAUGCCUUAAGGUCAAGUGGACUAUCUGAAGCAAAAUCCAUGGAGGGUUUCUGUCUACACCUCGGAGACCAGUUGUUCAAGUCGAUUCUACAAGCAUUAUUAUUGUGGAUUUCUCCUCUUAAAGACACAGGAAGGUCCUUUUCUUUCUAGCUGGAAUAAACACUGCUUUGGUAUAGUGUCAAUGUGUCGUUUUCUCCCUUUAGCCUUUUUUUCUUCUGCAUUUAAACAAAUUCAGCAUUUAUUUAAACAGUGCCUAGUUACAUUUCUGCACUGAUCUUCCUGGACGUAUUGCUGUAAUGAAUGUAAUAGCUUAUUUUUGUGUGUAACUUUUUACAGACUUGUACAGGACCAUGUACACUGUUCUGGAAAAAAAUUUUGAGCCAACGUUGAGUACAAUUCAAAUGGAAGUUUCCUUUUUGGGGUCGCUAUUAAAAUGUUAGACGUGUUGGAGUGUGUGAA